GGACUAUCUACGCAUAAUAUCGUUGUUCAUCAGCCUUGUCUUCCUUGAUUCGACCCAAUUCAUGUCAAGAUGAAAAAGUUCUUCAACAAGGCAAAGUCGCAAUUACAGGACUCGUCUUCAGCUCAGAAGCCAAUUCCUCAGCAAGACCAACAAAAUGUCAUUCGGCCACCGACAGCUGAGGAUGUCAUACAAUAUAGAUAUCAUCAUGGUGUGAAUCUCGGAUCAGUAUUUGUGCUUGAGAAGUGGCUGUUCUCUGAUAUGUUUAUUGACCAAGCUCACGGUGAUUCUGAGCUUGAUGCCGUCGACGCCCAUUUCAAGGCCCAUGGCCUUGAUCAAACACGCCAAAAGUGGGAAGCGCACUGGGCAAAUGCUGUGUCGGAUCAGGACUGGGAGUUUUUGACCAAAGAAGCAAAGUGUACAAGUAUUAGAUUACCAAUUGGAUACUUCACUUUGGGCGGAGAGUUCUGUAAAGGGACGCCGUUUGAGAAUGUUGCUGGUGUGUAUACCAACGCCUGGCCUGCAGUCACCAAUCUAGUUUCCAAAGCUCGCUCCUACAACAUUGGAGUUCUUGUUGAUCUCCAUGCGCUCCCCGGAGGAGCAAACUCGGAUGCCCACUCUGGGAGCUCAACAGGAAAACCCGAACUCUGGACAAGUCGCACCAAUUUAAGACGCAGUUGUCAAGCACUCGUAGAGCUAGCUUCUCGGAUCAAAGAUAUGCCUGGAAUCAUUGGGCUUCAACUUGUGAACGAGGCUGUUUUUGAUGCGAAGGGGAUGUAUGAUUGGUACGAAGAUGUUAUUGGGGAUAUCAGCAAAGUCAACGAUAGCUUGCCCAUUUACAUCUCUGAUGCGUGGGACUUGGAUCGAGCUCUGCAAUGGACGAACAAAAGACACGCCUUCAGCAACUUGCCAAGAAACCCAGUGAUCAUUGACACUCACAAGUACUACACCUUCAGUGACAAGGAUCGAUCUCAAGCUCCCCAUCAAAUCAUAUCUCGCAUUUCAUCUGAGCUUGCAGAAUUGGAUGGAAAAGCGGGCAGCUUGUCAGAUCGUGGAGAAGCACAAGUCGUUAUCGGAGAAUACUCCUGCGUCUUGGAUGGUCAAACAUGGGGUAGAUCUCGUCCGGAAGAGAAAGACUCCCUGGUGCAGCAAUUUGGGCAUGCUCAGUCUCAAAAAUGGCAAGAAAAGGCUGGCGGCUCUUAUUUCUGGACCUGGAAGAUGCAGUGGAUGGACGGUGGUGAAUGGGGGUUUGUUGAGCAGACGAAAAAGAGAAAUAUCCUACCUCCUCAAUCAUUAACCCUCUCUACUGCAGAGCUUCAAUCUAGGAUCCAGCACGCCCAAAGUAAGAGACGGGAACUGGGCAGUCAAGCGAGGAAUGCCCACGAAGAAUACUGGUCCCGAACUUCACCGGAUACAGAUUUUCAGCAUGAUCUCUACACUCAGGGUUGGGACGUUGGUUUUUCUGACGCCCAAUCGUUCUUCGGUAUGAGAACUCAAGUAAAUUCAGGCGCAGAAGGAGGUGACAAGGUCGGGAUGUUAGAAGUCUGGACUAAAAAGCGGCUACUGGAAUCAGCUCAGAGAGGAGCCUUCACGUGGGAAUGGGAGCAAGGGUUCCGUGCAGGUAUUGGAGCAUUCUAUAGUACAGCCGGGAUAUAGUCCAUUGGGAGAGCUAGUAAAUAUAUCUAAAUCGACGUGGAAGAAUCAUAUCAUGCUGCUGAGCAUCACAUCUAUCUUGACUAAAGUCUCGAUUAACAUGAGCAAAGUAAAUACCAGACUCUGCAUGAUUC